AUGCCACAGAGGAAUAACACAGACCUGCAGUACCUGCUGGCCUCCUGGCUGCAGCAGUAUCUGAAUGGGACAUGGAGUUCACCAGGGCCUCUGGCUACCAGCACCCACCUGUCGUCCCACCCCCUUCAGCACCAAAGCCAUGCUCAGCGCCCGGAUCAGGGCGAGGGUCAGGGCGUGGUCUACAUCCUGCUCAUGGUCGGCCUCUUCAGCUUCUUCACCUUCGGCAUCAUGCUCAGCUACAUCCGCUCCCGGAAGAUGGAGAGCUCCCAGGAUCCCUUUCACCAGUACAUUGCCCGAGACUGGUCCCGGGCGAUGAGGGACCCCCUCGUCAUCGGCAACCCCUCCGCGCUGGUGCAACUACCAGGCUGA